AGCGGAUGGGUGGAGGAUGAUGAUGAUGAUGGAGAGGCCCAGGUCACGGUAGCUAGCAGUUUUUGGAGAGGAUUCUAGUGGAUUUGCCAAGUGAUCUGUCUGGAAACUAACCUGAUAAACAAGAUGAAGAGGGGUUUGCUGCGUGGCUUACUGCCAGAGGUGUCUAUCCGACUGCUGCUUCUGGUUGUCUUCCUUGUGACAGAGCAGCUUCCACCCUUUAUUCGUGAGAUCCAGGCAGAGGAGAUGUGGCUGUAUAGAUUUCACAGAGUGGAGAAUGACCAUGUCCCCACCUCUCUCAUGUUUAGCGUGGCGUGUUUCACUCCAUUCCUGGUGAUCCUGCUUUUCACCUUUCUGAAGAGAGUUGAGAGAGGAGAUGUGAGAGAGGCCUCGCUAGCGGUGACUCUGGCUCUGGUACUGAACGGAGUUUUCACCAACGCCAUCAAGCUGGUCGUGGGCCGGCCACGGCCAGACUUCUUCUACCGCUGUUUCCCAGAUGGACAGAUGAACCUGGAGAUGCACUGCAGCGGCGACCCGGAAGUGGUCAUGGAGGGCAGGAAGAGCUUUCCCAGUGGACACUCCUCCUUUGCAUUCACUGGACUGGGCUUCACAGCGCUGUAUGUGGGGGGUAAGCUGCGAUGCUUUAGUCUGGGGGGUCGGGGCAGGGCCUGGAGACUAUGUCUCUUCCUCGCUCCCCUCCUCCUAGCCUUCAUGAUCGCUCUCUCCAGGACCUGCGACUACAAACACCACUGGCAAGAUGUGUUGGUGGGUUCUGGUCUGGGCCUGGUGUUCUCUUGGCUCUGCUACAGACAGCAUUACCCCUCCCUCCAGGACCCUGACUGUCACUGGCCGCUACGCCACAGAGAGACUGUUCCUGCUGUACAGGAACGCAAGCUGGCCAACUCCAACUACAUACUACCCCUAUAGCCGGCCAACUACAUACUACCCCUAUAGCUCUACUCCAACUAUAUAUUGAAAUCAAAUCAAAUUGUAUUUGACGCACGCGGCGAAUAAAACCGGUGUAGACCUUACAGUGAAAUGCUUACUUACAAGCCCUUAACCAACAAUGCAGUUUUAAGAAAAAAUAAGUGUUAAAGUAGUUACUAAAUAAACUGAAGUAAACAAUACAU